CAACAUGCAAAGCGUUGACGUCCCCGUCGCAACCUCCCUCGGCUGGAUCCGAGCUCCCUUCAAGCCCAAACAAAAACCCCACCAAACGAUCAACAAUCGCUCUCUUCCUCCUCCUCAUCGCCACCACCAACGACGACCCGUCACCGCACCUCUCUAGCUAGCUAACCAUCAUUCGCUUCGGUUCAUCUUGCAUUCAUCUUGGCCUGCCGGCCAAGGAAGAUUCGUAUACGACGUCGCGAUGAGCUCCGGUGGCCCGCCGCCCGACGGCCGUAUCCCCCCAGCGGACGGCAACUCCGUCGGCAUGUUCAGCUCGGACCGCAUCGGCGGCUUUGGCUACGGCGUUGGCGUCUCCGUCGGCAUCCUCCUCCUCAUCACCACCAUCACCCUCGCAUCCUACUUCUGCACCCGCGCGCCGCCUCCCGACGACGGGACACCGUCUCCGCGUCGGGGACACCGGCGACGCCGCCGAGAGGGGGACGCCGGGGGCGACAAUGGGGGCGUUGAAGUCGACGACGUGGAGCUCGGCAUCGACGAGGCCACGCUCAAGGGGUACCCGGAGGUGGUGUACGGCGAGGCCAAGGCGAGGAAGAAGAAACUGGGCACCACCUGCACCUGCUGCUCCGUCUGCCUCGACAACUACGGCGACGGCGACGUGCUCCGGAUGCUGCCCGACUGCGGCCAUCUGUUCCACAAGGAGUGCGUCGACCCCUGGCUCCGGCAGCACCCGACCUGCCCCGUCUGCCGGACCUCGCCGCUGCCCAGCCCCUUGCCCACGCCGCUCGCCGAGAUCACUCCGCUGGCCAUGGGGAGGCCGUCGUCGUGACGGAGGUUCUUGCUUGGUUUUAAUUUUCUUGCUCCAUUUUCUUAUUCUGAAAAAUGGAAUGGGCGAAAAAGAAAUGUUUAGGAAUUAGAAGCUUCUUUUGUUGGUCCUGGGUGUAAAUUCGUUUUCAGCUUAGUUUCUCCUUUUUCUGAUGAAAAUGCAAGUCAGAUAGCAUUCUGUACUGACACAAAAUGGUUGAGAAUUCUCCCAUCAGAAGAUGAGCUCAGGGAUUAUUGUCUCAGUUUAGCAAGACAAAAUGGUUGAGAAUUCUCCCACCAGUUUCUGUUCUGGUUGUCAAUUCAGUGGUACUAACUUACUCUCAAGUCUAAAGAAACAGGUGUAAAUUGUGGAUUUCAGGCUCG